AUGUUUUCCAUGAGGAUCUCACUUCUCGCAUUAACUGGACUCGUGUCAGCAACCGCUUCUUCCAAACGUGGUCUCGUGUUCGUGCCAAACUCGAAAUGGCCCCAAGACAAUAAGAUAUGGGUGGAAUCCGGGUCCGAUCUGACGUGGUAUUACAACUACGGCUCGACGCCGUCUUCUGAUUUUUCCGACUAUGCCCAGGACCAGUUUGAAUUUGUGCCCAUGCUGUGGGGCAGCAUUGAAGACACAUCGUUUCUGGACGAGGUCAAUAGUCUGAUUGACGGCGGCCGCAACAUUUCCCACGUCCUGGGCUUCAAUGAGCCCAAUGGCGAUUCCUCCACGGGCGGCGCCGCCAUACUGCCCGCCAAGGCCGCGCAGGUCUGGGUCAAGAACAUCGAGCCGCUGGCCGCCCAGGGCAUCAAACUCGGGUUGCCGGCGUGCACCGGCGGUUGGGAUGGGAUUCCUUGGCUGCAGCAGUUUCUCGCCAAUUGCUCUGCGCUCAUUAGCACCGACAGCGAGACCAAGAAUUGCACCUACGACUUUGUGAAUAUCCACUGGUACGGCAAUUUUGAAGGCCUCGCAAGUCACAUGGGAUCGUAUUCUGCCGCUUUCCCAAAUGUUACGCAAUGGAUUACAGAAUACAAUUACAAUGACCAGGACUUGUCAACAACUCAAGACUUUUACAACACUUCUGCCGAGUACUUUGACCGUCUGGACAGCGUUGGCCGAUACAGCUAUUUUGGCACCUUUAGGUCCAAAGUCAGCAACGUUGGCGAGAAUGCCGUCAUGCUGAACAAUGCCGGCGAACUAACGGAUAUUGGAAAUUGGUACCUUGGAAGCUCUGCAAAGGGUGUUUCGCCGACUUCUGCUGCUGAUCGAAGCGGUUUGCCGGCUUCUAUUGUUUACGCAGUUGCACUUCUAGCUGCAUCAUACACGGCAUGUUUUUGA